CGCAUGAGUAUGGCAUAAACGGACACUAUAAAGAGGAGCAUGAGAUGAUUGAGAUCGGAAGCAGAGGAGCAACUUAUCGGCAGCCGUUCAAAUUAGGAACCCUAAAUCUAAUUCACCAUACCUCCAAACUUUCUGAGUUUCUACUUUCUACCUACUUCAACAGACUCGAUGAAAUCCUGCUCUCUUUGAGUUUCUACUUCAAUUCAUCAUCAAAUUCCACCAAUUGGAUCGUUUUCAGAGUUGUUAUCACAACAAUUGGUGAAGUCUGUAACUAUAAAGAGAUCUUCCAGCUUAUUUCGUUGUACAAGUUCUGCUUUAUCAUGGAGAUUGACUCAGUCAACAUAGUUGAUGGUCACCAAGUCGGCACAAAAAAUGAGACUUCGGAACCUGUUAAACAGGAGAGGGUUUUGGCCGGUGACGGAAAAUGUUAUUCCUCUACAGACACUGUUCAGGGAAACAAAGCUGAUACAGGCGAGGAGGAGGGAAAUGUAGCAAUGGAUUCGGGUGGUGGUGAUGUGAAUAUGGAGGCUUCAAUCUCAGCUGAUGAUGUAAUGCGGGCAGAGAUUAUGAAGAGCCACAAAAGGAGAUUUGCAGACCAGGGCUCGGCUGGAAAGACGUGA